AUGGAGAUGAACGCGCCACCCUCUCAUCUCGAUAAUGAAGAGCACGUUCAACAUGUGUUUGCAAAGGUCGCAACUGCAAUCUCAAAGUUCGAGCAGGUCACCGUCUGUACAAGUGCUUCUCAGUGGGCGAAUGCACGAAGUCUGUUGCCACCAUAUAUCAGGGUUCUUGAGAUGAGCAUGGAUUACUGUUGGUUUCGUGAUAAUAGUCCUACUUUUGUUGUAAAGAAAAGAGAAGUAAAUUCUGAUAAUCCUGAGGACAUGGUUGCCGGAAUCGAUUGGAAUUUCAAUGGAUGGGGAGGGGUUGAUGAUGGUUGUUAUACAGAUUGGAAUCUUGACUUUCUUGUGGCAAAGAAGAUAUUGGGAAAUGAGAGGCUUCAUAGAUUUCCAUAUCCAAUGGUUAUUGAAGGUGGAAGUAUACACGUAGAUGGAGAAGGUGAUAAACCGAUCAUUUAUUUGCGGAGCCGCUGCUGCCCUCAUGUUCUCCGAUCUCCUUCGACAAAUGACUUGUUUUAA